UUAAUUUGAGUCGUAUAGUCAGUCCUUGUCUGUCAUCAGCAAGGCUUGAGUGUGAAGGAGGUCUUCAAAAUUUGUUACAAUAUUAAUAAGCAUGCUACUUAGUCUCAGUCGCAAGGGUGUUGACUUCAUCUUUGCUUAUCGCCAUCAUCUCCCUAUGCACAAGCGGUUUGUAUCUAUGUCGAAUGUUCAACGAAUCUUACUUUCAUCCGAUAAGUAUUCUCCCAUGUCUGCCCCGCAUGGCCUGGCAGCAUUACGAUGGGCAUCAUUAGCAGCCAACAUUGAUGCUGACGAAGUGGAGGAACGACUACGAAAAGGCGGUUGGGAUCCACAAUGGCGAUUUGGGAUGUACAAACAAGCCCAUUAUCAUAGCACAACGCAUGAGUUGUUGGUAGUGAUCAAGGGACAUGCAACGAUACAACUUGGAGGGACGGAUGAACGUGCUCAUCCUCGCAAUCGAUCAAGCGAACAGACGACAGAGAAUGUCGAGUUGAGAGAAGGCGAUGUGCUGCUUUUACCCGCGGGCUAUACACAUAGAGCAGUAGAAUCUCAUUCUGGCUUCACGAUGAUAGGGUCAUAUCCUCAAGCAGCAGAGCAUUGGGACAAUUUCAAAACUGAUCAAAGAAGCGCCACGUAAAGGAUUAUUUGAAGGAAAAAGUCCGGAAAAGCUGUUAAGCGAUGACGACACUGCUGCUGCUGCUGCUGCUGCUGCUGCUGCUGCUAAUAAAGGUGAUGUUGACACAGCUUGGUUGGAUCUGUAGCAUUGAUGGCCCCCCAUAUUCCCACGGCAACAAAUUAACAACAAAAGAUGAUGAUGGUAUUGUACUUACUCCUGUGCAUUGAUGCCAAGUCAAGUCACACACGAUCUUGCAUUUUUGAGAAACGGACGCGCAAAAUGAGCGCCAAGCGGGGCAUCUGAUC